ACAAAAGGAAAAAUAAAUCCAGCUCAUUUCUCACAAAUACAGAACACAGAGACCUCCAUGUCCACCACCGACCAUGUGUGUAAACACGCACAUAAUGUACAGUUUACAUGUACUUACAAACACUUGUGUCUAUUUAUAACAUCAUAACAUCUUUAGUUCCAGUAGUUUAAACACAAACAUAAAUACACAGAGCUUAAACCUGACAAUCAAACGGUUGGGGUUUGGCUCUCCUUUACAUUUUUUCAUAUUCAACAAAAAGCGAGGGAAAAUUCUGUUAUUUGGCCGUUGAAAGUCAACAUCCAGAUCUGCUGCCUUCUCUCUUUGGUUUAAUAAAAGCAUACCAGGAUGAAGGCUCUUAUUCUCGUUGGAGGGUUUGGAACUCGUUUGAGGCCAUUAACUCUCAGCUUCCCCAAGCCCCUUGUUGAUUUCGCCAACAAACCAAUGAUUCUGCAUCAGAUUGAGGCACUUAAGGCUAUCGGAGUAAGUGAAGUAGUUUUGGCUAUCAAUUACCAACCAGAGGUGAUGCUGAACUUUUUGAAGGAUUUCGAGACUAAGAUUGGUAUCAAGAUUACGUGCUCACAAGAGACUGAACCACUCGGCACUGCAGGUCCCCUGGCUCUAGCAAGAGAUAAACUAGUUGAUGAGACUGGCGAGCCAUUUUUUGUGCUAAACAGUGAUGUGAUCAGUGAGUACCCCCUCAAGCAGAUGAUUGAGUUCCACAAAUCUCAUGGGGGUGAGGCUUCUAUAAUGGUCACCAAGGUGGAUGAGCCCUCAAAAUAUGGUGUGAUUGUAAUGGAAGAAUCAACAGGACAAGUUGAACGUUUUGUUGAGAAACCUAAAUUAUUUGUUGGUAACAAGAUCAAUGCUGGAAUUUACCUGCUGAACCCAUCUACACUCGAUCGAAUUGAACUAAGACCAACAUCAAUUGAAAAAGAGGUCUUCCCCCAAAUUGCAGCAGAAAAGAAGCUGUUUGCAAUGGUCCUACCAGGGUUUUGGAUGGACAUUGGACAGCCAAAGGAUUAUAUUACGGGCCUGAGACUCUACCUGGACUCUUUGAGGAAGAACUCUCCUUCUAAACUGACCACAGGAUCUCAUAUUGUGGGAAAUGUUCUAGUUGAUGAGAGUGCAAAAAUUGGAGAGGGAUGUUUGAUUGGCCCUGACGUUGCUAUUGGGCCUGGCUGCGUGAUCGAGUCAGGAGUUAGACUCUCUCGCUGUACUGUGAUGCGUGGUGUUCGUGUCAAGAAACAUGCCUGCAUUUCCAGUAGUAUCAUUGGUUGGCACUCAACUGUUGGACAGUGGGCUCGUGUUGAAAACAUGACGAUUCUGGGAGAGGAUGUUCAUGUUUGUGAUGAAAUAUACAGUAACGGUGGUGUCGUUUUGCCUCACAAGGAAAUCAAGUCUAGCAUUUUGAAGCCAGAGAUUGUGAUGUGAACGUACUCUGCAAGAAGUGUGUUUGUAGGUGAUUUAGCAAGUCAUGGGAGAUGUUUCUUGAGUUCCUUUCCUUUAUCAGUUAAAGUCUCGUCUCUACAAGUUGUAUGAGUUGUUAUGUAGUGUCUGUUUCUCUUGCAAAGUUCAUUUUGAUGAUUGCUGUAAAAUUGUGUGGUGUCUGGUGUAAAAAAAUAAAUAAACAUGUUCAGUUUCUCUCUUUUUUCCUA